CAAAACUACUAAACACUCUCAAUCCAAAAUGAACCACUCAAACACAGAUCAAAACAAUCUCAACACCACCACCACUCUCUUCAUCUCAAAAUUACCAUCUAAUCUAACAUCUGAAGAUCUAACAAAACUAGCUUCUUCAAUCGGACCAGUUCGAAAAGCUUUCAUAGUCAAAUCAAAAUCACCUUCUAAUCUUCAAUCUAAUCAAUCAAAAGAUCAUCAAAUAGGUUAUAUUAGAUAUGUACUUAGAUCUGACGCCGAAAAUGCUAUCAAACUUGGUUUCGAUUCAUCUUCUUUUAAACCUUCAAUCACUUGGGCAAAACCAAGACCAUCGAUGAAAGAACGUCGUCAGAAUUUAAUCAUCAAUGAAGAUUCUAAUCCUGAUCAACUCGAAUCAAAUGAAACCCCAAUUCAAGACACUUUAACAGAAACAUUCAAGAAACCUCAAGAAAAUCAAAUUCAACAGACUUCAACAGAACCAUUCAAGAAACCUAAAGAAAAUCAAAUUCAACAAACAGAAACCCGACAUGAUCCUAGUCAUUCCUCAAAUCCAAUCGAUCUUAAUCUACCAUCUAAUCCUAAACCAAAUCACCAACCCCAAACAAGUUACAAAAGAGAUCCUACAGCAAACCGAACAGUAGUUCUCCAAGGUCUUCCUUUACCGCCCACAAACUCACCCAAAGAAACCCAAGCCUAUGAACAAUCCAUGAUCAAAGCGCUCUACAAACGAGCACGAAAACUAGGUCAACCUGAAUCCGUCAUCUAUCCUGCUCCCUUACCCUUCACGAAAACCUCACAAAUUCCUAGUACGGCUUAUGCACAUCUAACCUUUUAUGAUCCAACGAUGGCUUCUAGAGUUUGUCAAAGAUUACAUUUACAUCUCUUUAAAGGAUCUUUGAUCACCACUUGUUUAAAGUCUAGAUUCAUGUCGAAUUCAAGAUUAGGACCUAAACAUUCAGGUGGUAGAUUGAUCAUUAGAAACUUGAGUUUUGAAAUCACUGAAGAUGAUCUAAGAUAUACGUUUGGAAAGUUUGGUCAAAUUCAAUCGAUCGAAUUACCUAAAGAUCCAAUUCAUCAAAAAACCAAAGGAUUCGGAUUUGUUUGGAUGGUAAAUUAUAUAGAUGCGGAAAAUGCUAUGAAAGCUUUGAAUGGUCAAACCCUUUCGUCUGGGAUCGUUCAAGAAUUGAUUCGUAAUGAAACAGAGGGUGAAAAGAAAUCUUUGAAGAGGAAAAGGGAAAAAGAAGAAGCUACCGAAGAUGAAUUGUAUAACAUCUUUCGAUCGUUCGGACCCUUGAAUUAUGCUAGAAUCGUCAUGGAUUCUAAAACUCAAAGAUCUCGUGGAACAGGAUUUGUUUGUAUGAAGAAUCAAGUUGAUGGAUUUAAAGUUUUAGAAAUCUCAAAAGGAUUAGAACAUCAAGGAUUAGGUCAAGGACCAUUGGCAGCUAAUGGAUUACCUUCUUUACUUCAACCUGAUCCUUCUUCUGGUUUAGCCACUCAAUUAAGUUUACAUGGUAGAGUUUUAGGUGUUUCUGAAGCGGUUACCAAAAAUGAAGCUGAGAGAUUGAGAAUCGAACGUGAUCAAAAAGGAGUGGGAAAAGAUAAACGAAAUUUAUAUUUAAUGAAAGAAGGAUUGGUUUUACCUAGUACUACUUCUCAGUCUGAUCAAUUUGAUCCGAUGGAUUUGAAAGCAAGACAAGCUUCAUUUGAUGAACGAAAAUCACUCUUACGAACGAACUUAUCAUUAUACAUCUCCAAAACCCGACUUUCGAUUCGACAAAUCCCCACUUAUGUUUCGAAUCGAAGUUUAAAGCGAUUAGCGAGAUAUGCAUUGAACGAAUGGAGAACAGAAGUGAAGAUGAAAAGACGAGAAGAAUUAAGUGGUGAAGAACUAGAACCGAAGAGUUUAGAAAAGAAAGAUGAAAAGGCUAGUAAGAUUAAACAAGUUAAAGUGAUUAUUGAUCCGGAUAACAAAGGUAAAAGUAAAGGAUAUGGAUUCAUUGAAGUCUUUUCACAUUCAGAUGCAUUAAGGAUUGUGAGAUAUGUGAAUGAGAAUUUGAUUAAGAUUGAUGGAUUGUUGAAGGUUUGGAGACUUGAAGAAUUAGAAGGUGAAGCCGAUCGAAAGAAGUCGGGUUUAGAUGAAGAUGUGAAGGAGAAAGAGAACAGAGUGAAAAAGGUGGAAGAGAUUAAGAAGGUUUUGGAGAAUGGGAAACGAUCGACUAAGUUAUUGAUGGUCGAAUUUGCUAUUGAAAAUGCUCAAACUGUUAAGAAAAGAAUCGAACGUAGUGAAAAACUUAUCGAAAGACAAAAAAACAAAUUAUUGAUCACUACUGGUUCAGGAGAAGAAAGAUUAGGAUCCAAUAAGAAACAAAAGAAAUCAGAUGGAAAAGAUCAAAAAGGUAAGAAAGGAAAAGUAGAUAAAGUCAAGGGGUUGGAAAAGAUGAAGAUGUUGGAGAAAGAUGGAUUGAAGGAUGAGAGGAUUAAAUCGAUUAUUGGAAAGAAACGAAAGAUUAGAAGAGAAAAGAAAUCGUCCAGAUGA